AUGCCAUUACAAGUAAGAAAUAUAUUGGGGAAAGUGGGUGAUGAACUCAUUCUUAAGAUUCAACUCGGUCGCACACCUGUUCAAGACCAUAAUGUUAGAAUACUUAACCUUUUAAGCCAUUCGAAAUUUACUGAUAAACAACAUGAACUUGGUUAUGAUGAAAUCUAUCAUAAUUAUUUACUUAUCACUAUUGAGAAUAGUUAUGGACCCUACGUACUACAAGAUGUGCUUGGAACUGCCAGCCAAAAUACAACUGCUAGUACUAUUCUUAAACUUGAGAAAAGACUACGUAUUUCUCUCAAAUAUCCGACUAUACCUGACGAAUUGAUCGAUGUAUAUGAUAUUCCACUAACACCAAAUAAACCAUUAACACUCAAUCGAUUAAUUUCGGUAGCAUCGAGUGUCGACAAAAAGUUUUACAGAUUUGAUGUUGGUGCAAACAAUACGUGUCAAACAUUUGUCGAAAACAUUAUCGAUAUCAAUGGUUUGAUGCCUAACAUUGUUGAUCAAACAACAUUGAACGCUCUCAUACCAAUCGAUGGCAAAGCAUUGAUUUCUUCACUAGGCAGGCGAUCUAAUAUUGUUAAAGUUGCGACUAAUUUGGGUGCCAAAUUGGACAAAUUAGUAUUUGAUCAUAAACUCAAAUGGAAAAAAUCUCAACCAAAAGAAUUUGUUGUGUUGCGUAAUGUCAAUGUCACUGGUUCAGAAAGUAUCAACGCUAUAUACAAUGCGGCUCUGGAGCUGGAAGAAAAUGCACCAUUGCUUCUUGACUAUAUACCACGAUAA